GCGUUAUUCAGGGGAUCCCCCCUUAAAGUUGGAAGGACCUCCGAUGUAAGGCGUCGGUGGUCUUCGGAGAUUCGAAGACGCUGUCCCCAGCGCGAUCGCCAUUGCGACCGCCAUCGCCGUAGUCUAUACCAUUCUCAUGCCGGUAGUGUAUGUAGCGUUUCCUUAUAUCUCUCUCGUAUAAUGGUGAUGGAGAUAAAUAGGAAAUAUGACGGAGAUCUUGUGAGGCUGAAAUGCGCGGUUCAAAACUACGAUUGGGGUCGAACUGGACACGAAUCACUUGUUGCGAGGCUGUUAUUGAGAAAUUCUAUUGAUGAAAUCGAAGAAAGCAAACAUUACGCUGAGUUUUGGAUGGGAACUCAUGCCUCCGGGCCAUCGUUUCUAGUCGACGAUAAGGGGAUCGGGAAUGUGAGUUUGAAGUCUUGGAUUUCGAAGAAUCCUGAGGUUUUAGGUGAUACUGUUGUUGAUAAGUGGGGAGUUGAUCUUCCCUUCAUGUUCAAGGUUCUUUCAGUUGCAAGGGCAUUGUCAAUACAGGCUCAUCCUGACAAAGAAUUGGCAGGGUUCCUUCGUAUGUUGAAGCCAAACGUGUAUAAAGAUGCAAACCACAAGCCUGAAAUGGUUUUGGCAUUAACAGAGUUUGAGGCCUUAUGUGGGUUCGUUACUUUUGAGGAGCUUGAAGAUGUGCUUGAAAAUGUUCCUGAGAUCAAGGAAGUGGUUGGUGUUGCAUAUGCAUACCAAGUUUUACCUCUCAAUGAGCAAGAUAAGGGGGCAAAAGAAAUGCAAUUUCUUCAAUCAAUAUUCAUUAAACUCAUGUCAUCUGAAAGUGAGGUCAUUUCUGCUGUAGUUUCCAAAUUAAUCACUCGGCUAAACAUGGAAAAAAAGACAAGACAGUUAACUAGCAAGGAAUCCCUAGCAUUAAAGCUAGAAGAACAACACCCAAGUGACAUUGGUGUCAUAGCAUCUUUUCUCUUCAAUCACAUUAAAUUGAAACCCGGUGAAGCUUUAUACAUAGCAUCAAAUGAACCCCAUGCCUAUUUAAGUGGUGAUUGUGUUGAGUGCAUGGCAAAUUCAGAUAAUGUUGUACGUGCUGGCCUUACUCCAAAAAAUCGUGAUGUAAAAAUCCUUUGUGCAAUGCUUACUUAUAAACAGGGGUCACCACAAAUCUUAAAGGGGGUCCCAGUAAACGCAUACACCACAAGAUACAAUCCUCCAUUUGAGGAAUUCGAGGUGGAACGUUGCAUACUCAACCAAGGAGCAUCAGUCGUUUUUCCACCUGUCCCGGGCCCAUCUAUUUUCUUAAUCCAUUCAGGACAAGGAUCGAUGUACACGUCAGCGUCCAUGUCAUCUUCACCUUCGUCCUUGCUGUCACCCUCAUCAUCAUUAUCCCCAUCAUCAUCGUCAUCAUCAGCGUCAUCACCAUCUUCCACGUCAUCAUCUGAGGACAUGGUUUGUGGAGGAGAUGUGUUUUUUGCUCCUGCGAACACUGAGGUUCAUGUGAGUACAGAAUCUGAGUUGCAUAUGUAUAGAGCGGGAGUUAACCACUUGAUGUUUUCAAAAUUAUCGACAUGACAUUCAGGAGUUGGUAUGUACAUGUGUGUAUUGUUGGUUUUUUGUAAUUUUUUUUUAUAGUAAAAGCGAUAUAUAGGUUG